UCGCCGUUCGACCGCGGCGGGGCGCUGGCGCGGCGGUCGCCACCACCACCACCGCCCGCCGCGCCGCGGGCACCGCCGCCGCCGUGCCGCGCCGCCGUCUCGCCAGUGUGGCUCAGCGCGACGGCCGCAGCGCACGCGUUGGCAGCCGACUGCAGGCGCGAGAGUUCGGCGGGGCGGGCGCGAUCUCGCGACAGGAACUGUCGUCGUCGUCGUUUGACAGUUGGCUCGCGCGGGCGCGAGAGAGAGUGGGCGGGCGCGGGCGAAAGGGAUGAGUGGACUAGAGUGACCUUGAGAAACGGGGCUGUCUGGCUGCACCUGUCACGAUCAAGGACGGACGUCUCCGGUGGUGUUGAUGUUGGUUGCGGACAUGGAACCGGCCGCGCUACUGCUGUUCGCCGCUUCUCUCUUAGAUAUCUCUCCUUAAUA